CCUCGAACAAGACAGUUUAUUCCAACAGCAACUCACUCAAAUUCACUAUUGCGUCGGCUUUUAGGUGGGAGAGAUCUGUCAGUCACAGGUUGCAACCUCGACAAGCCUGACACUUUCUUUUAUUCUUAUUUUCCCCUUCUUCUUUACCCUCCACCUUGAGUCCCCAGGCUUGAGCCAGUUGUAUCGUGAUAUUCCUAGUGUAUCUAGGUACAGAGAGGUACUUUGGCCAACUUCGAUUUCGACAGGACGCGCGACAACGGACGAGCAAAGCAAAGCUCCCCGUCCAAUUGACCAGGGGGCGGCCAACACAGCUCCGACCACCACCACCGCCUAGGUACCUCAGUUCGCUAGGGGCCCUGACCUGGACAGUCCGACUGAUUGAUUGACGACGACCAUCUUUUCUCGCAACGACGACGACGACACGACCAUCACGACCAGCGACGCCAGCUUCUCGACGAGUCGCCACCACGGUCGCCGACUCCCCAACUUUCGCAUCGUUUGAUGCAACAACGACCAAGCCCCUUGCGCUGCUGACAACGAAUGCGCAACCGGCAGGGCAAGCCGAGAGACAUCGCGUCCUACAGUAGCUCGACAACACCCAUCGACACCGCAUCGUCUUCCUCGUCCUCGUUCUCCCCACCUCUCCGUCUUCCGCACCUGAAUUCAGUGCCGAGCUUCUUGCCGGGGACCAGUCCCCCCAUCGCGCGCGUAUGAGCUGGCAGAUGGUUCCGGGCAUGGGGUCCAACGUAGGCAACGGCAUGGGCGGGCCUGGAGGUAACGAGAUGGGCGGUGCGAUGCAGGGCAACGGCAGCAACCAGCCUCAUGCGACCGAGUACACGCUGCAGGGUGUAAUGCGCUUCCUCCAAACCGAAUGGCACCGUCACGAGCGGGACAGGAAUGCUUGGGAGAUUGAUCGUCAGGAGAUGAAGGCGAGGAUAGCCGCCCUCGAAGGCCAGGCGAGACGGUCCGACGCGACGCAAAAGGCCCUGAAGAAAUACGUGACCAUCCUCGAGAAGAAGGUCAAGGAUCAGGCCGCACAGCUCAAGGGAGGCGACAGGGCGGCCGAUGAGCCUGCAGAGGCAGAGAAGAAUCGGGCUGUCCAGAUCCAGGAGAAGCUUCGAUCCUCCAAGAAGUCGCCCGAUGCUCACGACAAUGAGCUCGACAUCGACAAGGGUGACGACGAAUCCCAACGGGCCGACCUCAAGUCCUUUUUGGACCAGUGUCAGGCCGAGUUCACUUAUCUCAUGGUCACGCCAGCGAACCCGCUGCCUCCCCGCGAGUCGCCUCCGCUCCCGAUACUCGAAGAUUUGCGUGAGGGCGAGCCGUUUGGCAUUGCAGCCGGCAAGCCUUUUCAGGAGCCGCCAUUCCCCUUCGCAUCCUCGUCACUCGUGCCGCAAAACCAUAUGCGCGAAGCCAAUCGACCUCCCCCUGCUCCUAACCACGCACCGCCGAUGCAGCGAAGCCAGCCGACUAGUUUCCAAGUAAAGCCGGUGGAACAACAGCAGCAACAUCAACAGCAGCAACAGCAGCAGCAACAGCAACAGCAGCAGCAACAGCAACAGCAACAGCAACAGCAACAGCAACAGCAACAGCAACAGCAACAGCAACAGCAGCAGCAGCAGCAACAACAACAACAGCAGCACCAUCAAUCCAUGCCGCCACAAAACCCCGAACCCGCACCGCCCGUAAUGUACGCUGCCGGCACCGAGUGGCCCCAACCCAUGUCGGUGACAGCCCGCAUGCUCGACGACAACUUGCAGCGUCCUAGCCAUGCCGUGGAAUCCGUCAGCAGCGUCGAGCCGACGGACGAGCCCCAGCCUAGCACUCGUCCCGCACCCGAGUCGGACGCAUGGGAUUUCUCCGAUGGCGCGUUCCCCGAGUCCAACUCGUCGCAACCCCUACAGCAACAACUCACUAACCGACCCGAUACGGAUGCUUUUCCAACGGCGGACAGCCUUCCCAAGUCGCCCAACCGUGGGCCCGGCUCUAAUCGCCGCAAAGGCUCCAUGUCGCGAAGGCGCAGUGCAGAGCAUGAGCUGUCCUUGAACUCGGCCGCCCAGAAAUCGGAGACCGGCAACUUUAAGUUGCGGUUUGGACUCCGAGGUCACCUAGAUACGGUGCGGACCGUCAUCUUCUCGGGAGGCGGCAGUCCUGGAGAGCCGGAAAUCUGCACUGCUGGCGACGACGGCAUGAUCAAACGCUUCCAUAUUCCCCGUGUCGACAAUCACGGCCAGACCAAUGCGGCAUCGGAUCUCGACGUGACAGCUAACUUCUCCCACCGUGGCCACGCCGGCGCUGUUCUUUGUUUGACUUCCUGGUCGCCGUCUCCGAGCUUUAGUACCGGCGGUCGCGCCCAAGGCGACGGCUGGAUAUUUUCUGGUGGCCAAGACGCAACGAUACGGGUCUGGGAACGUGGCAGAGUCGAUCCCAAGGCCACCCUCGAGGGCCACACCGAUGCCGUAUGGGCGUUGUGCGUGUUGCCGACUACCUUGGGUGCCAUCUUUGGCCAGAACAGCCAAUACGGAAGUCCCGAUCGCAUCCUCCUUGUCUCUGGCGGAGCCGACGGAUCUGUCCGUCUUUGGGCCGUCAGCGCACCUCCCCAGUUGACCUCUCCCCAGCCGGGCACGAACAGAGCCGGUCCGUCGGGUAGCCGAGGCCGUGUGCGCGGCAACUCGAUGAGCUCGGGAAGUGCGUUCUCGAGCAACCCGCAGCCCAACAUGGCAUCCAACUCGCCAUUUAACCACACUCUGGUUCACAACAUUCCGAGACCCGGUGGCUCUGAUGCCAGCCCUACGUGCAUUACUCCUCUCAGUCCUAGCGGCGAAACCUUUGUCGUCUCCUACUCGGACGCAUCUAUUCUCGUAUACGACACGAGAACAGGUGAACAGACGGGAACGAUGGAUAGCUCCGAGACUUAUGACGGCUCCAUCAACACGAGUGUCAACGCUGUCGUCGCGACGACCGUUGGACUGGAACAGCCACAGGGUGGCUUGUCUGAAGAAGAAAGCGGUGCGGGCGGUGGACCGACGGGCGGAGGCAGAUCUAUGGCUGGAUCCGGUGUCGAGGGCGUCAUCAUUUCCGGACACGAGGAUCGGUUCGUGCGGUUCUUCGAUGCCAACAGCGGGCAAUGUACAUACAACAUGCUGGCGCAUCCGGCAUCGAUUUCGGGCCUAUCCCUGAGCCCAGAUGGCCGUGAGCUUGUCAGCGCAGGUCACGAUGCCUCGCUGCGGUUCUGGAGUCUCGAGAAGCGCUCCUGCACGCAGGAGAUCACAAGCCAUCGGAUUAUGCGCGGCGAGGGCGUGUGCUCCGUUGUCUGGAGUCAGGACGGCAAGUGGGUCGUCAGUGGCGGCGGCGACGGCGUGGUGAAGGUCUUUGCGCGGUAAACGAGGGGGGUGGGAUGUUUUGUUUCGGAGAAGAGACGAGAAGAAGCAGAUACACAACAGCAUAGCGUCUGAUAAAAAUGGCGUCGACUCUGGGUCAGUGCUCGCUCUGGAAACACCUUUGAUGGUUGCUCUAGCUUGGUUGUCGGGGGGGCAUGAGACCAAGGGGUAGUGUUUUGGGUCCCUUUGUAGUCGGGAGGGGGUUUUCGCCAGCUUGUUCUUUUUCCAUGUCUCUUGGGCAUGACGGAGGAAGUCAUGUGCGGUGUGGCAUUUGGCUCCAAAGCAGAGCAAUGGGCUCACGAGCCAAAUACGACAGGGGACAAAAGAAGACAAGGCCACAGCUGGAAGA